GACCAACCACAACGUAAAUAAACCGGUGGCCGCUAUUUUAAAUAGAGUUUAAAUAUUAUAAAAUACUUUUAAAUCAUCAUGGAUUUUUCAAACACUAGUGGCAUUAAAAGCCCAUUUUCUCCCCGUGUUAGACAAUCAAUAGCGGGACGAAGGCCUAGUGGCCCUUCGUCGGCAAAGAAAAACCAAAGUAAAUAUACGCAGGGACCACAAACGGGCGAGAUAAUUUACAAAACUCCAUUGACUAUCAUAGAAACAUAUGGAACACCCUUGCCUGUGAUGGUCACUGAAGCACUUACAUUUGCAUCUGGAGCGGUGUCGGCGCGGCUGUACGAGUGUGGGUGGUGCGUGGUGGUGCGCGGGCGCCGCGUGUUGGCGUGGCAGCGCGACGACGCACCCGCCGCCUGGGAGCUGCAGCUGCCGCAGACCGACCUUGCGCACAAGGCUGACCUUGUUGUGUUGUUCUAUGAGGAUGGUGCUCAGAUGCCAUCCUGCAUUGGUGUGUCCCCAGAGGGCACAGUCCGCUACUGGGCAUCUGUGGCAGCACCCGGCUCAUGCGUGGACACAUCCUGCGAGCUGCAGGGGCAGGAGUGUGACCGCCUCACGGAGCCGCAGGCCGACCAGCUGGUGCUGGCCACCACCACUUGUACUGCCGUGCUGCUCACGCUGCAGAAUGUUGACGGGCGCGCGGGGGUGGCGUGCCGCACGCUGCGCCCGCCCUCGGGCUGGCUGGGCGGGCUCGGCCGCCGCGUCUCGCUACUGUUCUUCGGCUCCAUGCCGCAACACGCCGACACUAAGCUGGUGAACGUGGCGCUGGUGUCGCCGGGCCCCAUCCUGUCGGAGGGCGGCGAGGGCGGGGCGGGGGCGGGCGGUGCGGGGGCGGGCGCGGGCUGCGUGGCGCUGCUCACGCACAGCGGCGUGCUGCAGCUGUGGCAGGACAAGCUCACGGAAAUCGAUGUGGCCGACGCAGUCAUGAAAAUGCCAGGCGGCGGCGGCGCGGGCGUGGAGCUGGUGGCGCUGGAGCUGGCGGCGCGGGCGGACGGCGCGCUGCUGGCGCUGCUGGCCGCGCUGCCGCCGCACCGCGAGCCCACCGUCAGAUACGUGCUCGCGACGGUGGUGGGCGGCGCGGUGGCGCGGUGCUGGUGGUGGCGCGGCGCGGGCCCGGAGCCCGACGCGCCGCCGCGCCUGCUGCUGGCCGAGCGCUCGCACGCGCUCUACACGCCCACGCGCCUCGUCAACGUCUACUCGUCGUCGCCGGAGCAGCAGGACGCGGUGGAGCUGGCGGCGGAGGGCGACCGGCUGCUGGCGGCGCGCGGCGCGCUGCUGCUGUCCGCGCGCCACGGCGUGCUGCGCAUGCGCCACGCGCUGCAGCCGCCCGACGAGUCGAUGUGCGACAGCGCGCCGGGCUCGCCGGGCGCCGACAUGUACGAGGGGAACCUCUCGCUCUACGAGAUCGACCCGCACGAGGUGAGCGCCACGUCGACGGACGCGCGCGGCAAGCUGAAGUCCGCCUUCCUGUUCCACCUGCGCCGCGACCACCACGCCGCCAUGGCCAUCGUGCAGGAGCUGAGUGGCGGCGGCGGCGGCGGCGCGGCGCGCGCGGAGGCGCUGCAGCGCACGCUGGUGGCGGUGGCGGCCGAGAUCCUGGACGACGUGCCCAACGGAGACCCCAGAUGGAAGCAGCGCGCGCGCAGCUCGGGGCGCGUGCCGCUGGGCAGCUCGUCCGCGCUGCAGGAGGCGGCGCAGGUGCGCGACAAGCAGCGCGCGCUGGCGCUGCUGCUCGCCUUCGCGCAGCGCGCCGGACUGCUGCCGCCGCCUGAACAAGAGGCGAGCGGGGAGGCGGCGGAGACGGCGGCGGCGCUGCUGGUGCUGUGCUGCCGCCUGGCGCUGGCCGCCGCGCUGCUGGCGCUGCCGCCCUCGCCGCUGCUGGACCGCGCCGUCAACAAGGUGAUGAGCAGCGCGGAGACACAGGCGGAGGAGGAAGAAGAGGUGGUGGCGGCGGUAGCGGCGGGCGUGCUGCCGGCGCGCGCCGCCGUGUUCCGCCGCGUGUCGCGCGCGCCGCGCCUGCUGCUGGCGCUGCGGGACCUGCUCGACCCCGCGCCCGCCGCCGACAUCGUCAACAUCUUCAAUUCGGCGCUGGCGGCGGUGCAGCGCGCGCGCGCGGCGUGGGGCGCGCGGCUGGGCGUGGCGGCGGCGGCGGCGGCGGCGGGCGCGUCGGGGCUCGACCCCGAGCAGCGCGCGCUGCACCGCGCCGCCGUGAGCCUCGUGCAGCGCAGCCUCAGUGACGGCAGCGGCGCGGGGGCGGGCGCGGGCGCGGCGGCGGCGGCGGCGGAGGGCGCGGCGCGGCUGGCGGAGCUGGUGCUGCUGGACGCGGCCGCGCUGCGCCGCGCCGCCACCGACCACCUCUACGAGGCGCUGCGCAGAGACCUCAUCCUGCCAUUCAUGAGCGCGGGCGAGACGGAGCGCGCGCUGGCGCUGGCGGAGAAGUUCGGCGAGUUCGAGCUGCUGAUCCAGGCGUGCGUGCAGCGCGGCCAGCUGGGCCGCCUGCGGGACUACAUGCACAAGUACCAGGACCAGGGUCUCCCCGAGGCGGCGUACGCGUGGCUGGCGUCGCGCGGCGGGCGGCACGCGGCGCUGCUGGUGCGGCAGCUGGCGGGGGCAGGCGCGGGGGAGGGCGCGGGGGCGGCGCGCGCCGCGGCCUGGCUGCGCGCUGCGCCCGGACGCAAGCCGCUGCUCGCGCUGCAGCAGCUGGAGGUGCGCGAGCACGCGGCGGCGGCGGCGGCGCUGGCGGCCAUGGCGGACGAGGAGACCGAGUCCGUCAACAGGAUGACGACGAUGGCGUCGCUGGCCAAGCUGUGCGCGCUGGCGGGCGACGAGGAGGCGGGCGGGGGCGCGCUGCGGCGGCGCGUGGAGGCGCGGCUGGCGCUGGGCGAGCAGCACGCCGCGCUGCCGCGCGCGCUGCGCCUGCACCACGGCCUCGACGCCGCCGACGCGCGCGUGCACGCGCCCGACGAACUCGUGCAGAUGUACGUGCAGUGCGGCGGCGGGCUCACGGAGUACGACUACAAGAAGGCGCUGGACCUGGCGGAGAGCGUGCGCGACCCCGAGCUGCGCGACGACCUGCGCCUGCGGGUGUGGUGCGCGUGCAUCCGGCACGACGACUGGGCGGGCGCGGCGGCGGCGGGGGCGGGGGCGGGCGCGGGGGGCGAGCGCGACGCGCUGCAGGACCGCCUGUUCUUCAAGCUCAUCGACCUCGUGCACGUCAUGGGCGGCGACCUGGAGCUGGUGCUGCCGCCGCUGGAGGACAUCCUGACGGCGCCGGAGCUGGCCGAGCUGGUGGGCGACCCGCGCACGCACUACCUCAUCAAGUACGGCUACGAGUGCCUCGACGCGCGCGCCCCCGCCGCCGCCGCCACGCCCGAGCAGAUGAUGAUCGAGGCCUGACACUCUAGUGAAGUGACUUGUGAUGUGUAACACCACGGAGUUUCGCAAGUUAACUUAAAUGUGAUACAGACUUGGAUACCUGUGGUUAAUUGAUGAAAUCAAUAAUCUGUUACAUACUUAUUGUGAAGCUGUAGUUUGUAUUGUAAUGCUGGUGUUUUAGACUGAUAAGAACUGUAUUUUAAUUAUUACUCUUUAAGGUUAUGUUAAUAUUUUUUUAAUAUAAAUUUUGAAACGAAAAA